CCGGAGACGCGUCAAACACCCGCAAACUGACGGACAGGUUUAUCUGUUUUCAACAACAUCUUUUUUUAAAGCGGACUGAAGCUCUUCCACGUCGUUUUUUGUUCAACUACCCGGGAUGGAAAACUGAUGGGGCUUCUCAUGUUGGAGGCUAGCAGUUCAUUCUAAAGGUGCAGGAUGAAAAGAUGGCACAGCUGCUUGUACCACCAGGUCCAGACAGCUUCCGCCCGUUUAGCCGCGAGUCCCUCAGCGCCAUCAAGAAACGCAUCGCUGAGGAGAAGAGCAAGAAGCCCAAGGGAGAGAAGAAAAAACACAAUGACGAGAAUAGGCCCAAACCCAGCCGUGACCUGGCAGCGGGGACUUCGGUCCCUCUUCUGUAUGGGGAUGUUCCUAAAUCACUGGUGUCGACACCGCUGGAGGACCUGGAUCCAUACUACCACAAUCAGACAACUUUCAUAGUAGUAAAUAAAGGAAAUGUCAUCUAUCGCUUCAACGCCGCUCCUGCCUUGUACCUCCUGAGCCCCUUCAACCUAAUCAGAAGAAUAUCAGUUAAGAUUUUGGUACACUCAUUGUUCAGCCUGCUGAUCAUGUGCACUAUCCUCGCCAACUGUGUACUUAUGACACAGAGUGGACAGAGUGACUGGGCCAAGUAUCUAGAGUACACAUUUACUGCAAUCUAUACGUUUGAAUCCCUCAUUAAGAUUUUAGCUCGGGGGUUCUGCAUAGGGAAAUUCACAUUUCUGAGAGAUCCCUGGAACUGGCUGGAUUUCUCUGUCAUUGUCCUGGCGUAUGUAACAGAGUUUGUACCUAACCUAGGCAACCUUUCAGUUCUUCGCACAUUCAGAGUGCUGAGGGCUUUGAAAGCUAUUUCAGUGAUCCCAGGACUGAAAACCAUCGUUGGCGCUCUGUUCCAGUCGGUGAAGAAGCUUGCCGAUGUGAUGAUCCUCACCGUCUUCUGCUUGAGCGUCUUCGCCCUCAUAGGUUUGCAACUGUUCAUGGGCCAUCUGAAGUAUAAGUGUAUGCUGAUUCCAGCAAACGCUACAUGGAAAGAUGAUAAACCUGAGGCCAACUGGACCGAGGUUGCACUCAAUAACAGUAAUUUCUAUUACCUCCCAGACAAACGGGAUCCCUUGCUUUGUGGAAACGGCCAUGGAGCUGGGAAGUGUCCAGAGGGCUACAGCUGCCAGAAAGGAGGACGUAACCCAGACUUUGGUUAUACCAGCUUUGACUCAUUUGGUUGGGCCUUCCUCUCUCUGUUUAGACUGAUGACACAGGAUUACUGGGAAAACCUUUACCAGCAGACGUUGCGGGCUUCUGGGAAAUACUACAUGCUCUUCUUUGUGCUGGUGAUUUUCCUCGGUUCCUUCUACCUCAUCAACCUGAUCCUGGCUGUAGUGGCUAUGGCCUAUGAGGAGCAGUGCCAGGUCACCAUAAAGGAGGCGAAGGAGAAGGAGGAGGAGUUUCAGGCCAUUCUGGAGCAGCUGAAGCGGCAACAAGAGGAAGCUCAGGCAUUAGCAACAGCAGCCACUGCAGAGGGCGGGGAGGCCAGUAAAAAAGUCACCGGCACAGAGAGCUCCUCUGAAGCCUCUAAGCUUAGCUCCAAAAGUGCCAAAGAGAGACGCAACAGGAGAAAGAAAAGAAAGGAGGAGGAGGGCAAAGGUGCUGACGAGCAGUUUCCUAAAUCCGAGUCACAGGACAGUAUGAAGAAAGGUCGCUGCCGCUUCUCUGUGGACGCAAACCAGCUCACCUACGACAUGAAAUGCUCGUCCACACAUCAGUCCUUUCUGAGUUUUCGUGGACCCCUGUUCUCAUCCAGAAGGAAUAGCAGGACCAGCCUGUACAGUUUACGGAGACAAACACCAGACGGGGGCUCUGAAAAUGAGUUUGCUGACGACGAGAACAGCAUUUUUGAGGACAACUUGAGUCGCAGGGGCUCUUUGUUUCUCCCCAGGAGAGAUCGACGCAGCAGCAGUAUGAGCCAGUGCAGCUACUUUUCGCAUCUCUUACUUCCACCCAAUGGGAUCAAGCACAGCUCUGUAGACUGCAAUGGGGUUGUUUCCCUGGUUGGUGGGAAUUCACUCCCGUCGUCACCUGGGGGGCUCCUUCUGCCUAAAGUGACGGUAGAUAUGGCCUCCAUCGGAGAUAAUGCUGACACCACUGACACGGACUGCAAACUGGCCGAUGGAGGUACAAGCCAUGAGUGUAUGGAGUUCCUCGAGGGCCCAGAUACCAGACAGAGGGCUCUUAGUAUAGCAAGUGUCAUAACCAGCACAGUGGAGGAGCUUGAAGAGUCAAGGCAGAAGUGUCCUCCUUUCUGGUACGAUUUUGCUGACACCUUCCUCAUCUGGGAAUGUUGUCCGCAAUGGCUGAAGUUCAAGGCGCUGGUUAGGCUAAUCGUGAUGGAUCCAUUUGCAGACUUAAGCAUCACCAUUUGCAUCGUACUCAACACAGUGUUUAUGGCCAUGGAACAUCAUCCAAUGUCUCCCGGAUUUGGCUUAGUGCUGUCCGUGGGCAAUGUGGUAUUCACCGUCAUCUUUACAGCUGAAAUGGUCUUCAAGAUCAUUGCUUUGGACCCAUACUAUUACUUUCAGAAGGGAUGGAAUAUUUUUGAUGCAAUCAUUGUCAGUUUAAGCUUGUUGGAGUUUUGUAUGUCAAGUUCUGGGAGCAUGUCUGUUCUGAGAUCAUUCAGAUUGCUGAGAGUAUUCAAGUUGGCUAAAUCGUGGCCCACUCUCAACACGCUGAUCAAAAUAAUUGGUAAUUCCGUGGGGGCUUUGGGCAACCUGACGCUGGUGCUGGCCAUCAUCGUGUUCAUCUUUGCUGUGGUCGGCAUGCAGCUGUUUGGAAAAUACUACACACUACAUGUGCAUAAAAUUUCUGACGACUGCAAUCCCCGUUGGCACAUGAAGGACUUCUUCCAUUCAUUCCUCAUUGUGUUCCGAGUGCUUUGUGGAGAGUGGAUAGAGACAAUGUGGGACUGUAUGGAGGUGGCUGGGAUGCCCAUGUGCAUCAUUGUCUACAUGAUGGUCAUGGUUAUUGGAAACCUUGUGGUGCUGAACCUUUUCCUGGCCCUGCUGCUGAGCUCAUUCAGUGCCGACAACCUGGCAGCGACAGAAGAUGACAGUGACACCAACAAUUUGCAGAUCGCCAUUGCUCGGAUUCACAGAGGCAUUGCCUACGCCAAGUCCAUGCUCCGAAGUGGCUUCAGCAGUGCCUGUCUCAAGUGUGUGAAGAAAGGGAAGGGUGAGGACAAAUCACAGGAGGAGCUUCACAAACCUUUAGGGCCAAAUGGUGUCCCCAACCAUACCAUCAAAGAUUUUCCUAGAAAUGGCAAUGGGGAUGUGACCGGAGUGGACAAAAGUGGAGACAAGUACAUCGUCAGCAGCAAGAGUGAUGAUUCCAUAAUGUCUUUCAUCAACAAUCCCAGUCUGACUAUCACUGUUCCUAUUGCUGUGGGAGAGUCUGACUUUGAAAACCUCAAUACGGAGGACUUCAGCAGUGCCUCAUCUGAUGUAGCAUGCCAUGUGAAUAUAGAUGACGAUAACCAGUCCAGCUCCUCCGAGGGCAGCACAGUGGAUGGUAGUCUAGUCGGAGAGGGAAAAGAGCAAGUAGACGUUGAACUGGAAGAAUACAUUGAACCUGAUGGCUGCUUUCCUGAUGCCUUUGUGCAAAAGUUCCGUUGUUGUCAGGUAAAUGUGGAUGUGGGCAUGUGGAAAAGGUGGUGGACACUUAGAAAGACCUGUUACCGGAUCGUGGAGCACAACUGGUUUGAGACGUUCAUCAUCCUCAUGAUCCUGCUGAGCAGUGGAGCACUAGCCUUUGAAGAUGUCUACAUUGAGAGGAAGAAAACCAUUAAAACAGUGUUGGAGUUUGCAGACAAAAUCUUCACCUACGUCUUCAUUCUGGAGAUGUUACUAAAGUGGGUGGCGUAUGGAUUUGCCAAGUAUUUCACAAAUGCCUGGUGCUGGCUGGACUUCCUCAUUGUUGAUGUCUCAGUGGUCAGCAUGGUAGCCAAUGCCAUUGGAUAUUCCGAUCUCGGUGCCAUCAAGUCUCUGAGAACCCUGCGAGCACUGAGGCCCCUGCGAGCCCUGUCACGGUUUGAAGGCAUGAGGGUGGUUGUCAACGCCUUGCUGGGAGCCAUUCCCUCCAUUUUCAAUGUGCUGCUGGUAUGUCUCAUCUUCUGGCUCAUCUUCAGCAUCAUGGGAGUCAAUUUAUUUGCUGGGAAGUUCUACUCCUGUGUGAACAGGACCACAAAUAAGCCUUUCGAUACUUCAGAGGUGCGACAUGUUAACGACUGUAUCCGUUUGGGUCCUGACUAUCGCUGGAAGAAUUACAAAGUAAACUUUGACAACGUUGCCUUGGGUUACCUUGCAUUGCUGGAAGUGGCUACAUUCAAGGGCUGGAUGGGCAUCAUGUAUAGUGCUGUGGACUCUCGAAAUAAGACAGGUUUACAACCAAUAUUUGAGAACAACCUGAAGAUGUACCUGUAUUUUGUUGUUUUCAUCAUAUUUGGAGCCUUCUUCACACUCAAUCUCUUCAUUGGGGUCAUCAUAGACAAUUUCAAUCAGCAAAAGAAAAAGCUAGGAGGUCAAGAUAUCUUCAUGACUGAAGAACAGAAGAAAUACUACAAUGCCAUGAAAAAGUUGGGGUCAAAGAAACCACAAAAACCUAUACCUAGACCGUCGAACAAAAUUCAAGGGUACAUCUUCGACUUCACCACAAAACAAGCAUUUGAUAUUGUAAUAAUGGUUCUGAUAUGGCUUAAUAUGGUAACCAUGAUGGUGGAAACUGAUGACCAGUCUGAGACACAGGAAAACGUUCUCCAGAAGAUUAACAUAGUGUUCAUUGUCAUAUUCAGUGGAGAGUGUCUACUGAAGAUGAUCUCGCUUCGCCAAUACUUUUUUACAAAUGGUUGGAAUGUUUUUGAUUUCAUCGUAGUCAUCCUGUCGAUCAUUGGUGUGUUCCUCUCAAAGUUGAUUGAGAAGUAUUUUGUUUCGCCAACCUUGUUCAGAGUCAUCCGACUGGCUCGGAUCGGCCGCGUUCUCCGCCUUAUUAAAGGCGCCAAAGGAAUCCGCACACUCUUGUUUGCCUUGAUGAUGUCUCUUCCGGCCUUGUUCAACAUCGGUCUCUUGCUGUUCCUGGUGAUGUUUAUCUAUGCCAUCUUCGGCAUGUCAAACUUUGCCUACGUCAAGAGGGAAGACGGCAUUGAUGACCUUUUCAAUUUUGAGACAUUUGGCAACAGCAUGAUCUGUUUGUUCCAGAUCACCACCUCAGCAGGGUGGGAUCUCCUACUAUCACCCAUUCUUAACAAACUCCCAGAUGACUGCAACAGUUCCAUGGAGCAUCCUGGCAGUUCUGUGAAAGGAGACUGUGGAAACCCUCCUGUAGGAAUUGCCUUCUUUGUGAGCUACAUUAUCAUAUGUUUCCUGAUUGUGGUGAAUAUGUACAUCGCAGUCAUUCUGGAAAACUUCGGUGUGGCCACUGAGGAAAGUGCGGAACCACUAAGUGAGGAUGAUUUUGAAAUGUUUUAUGAAGUCUGGGAACGGUUUGAUCCCCAUGCAACACAGUUUAUUGAGUACAAUAAGCUGUCAGAAUUUGCAGAUACUCUGGACCCACCAUUACGUAUAGCCAUGCCUAACAACCUCGAAUUGAUCUCUAUGGAUCUACCUAUGGUGAGUGGUGAUCGCAUUCACUGCCUGGACAUUCUGUUUGCAUUCACAAAGCGUGUUCUGGGUGAGGGUGGGGAGAUGGACAUCCUAAGGGGGCAGAUGGAGGAGCGCUUCAUGGCCUCCAAUCCCUCCAAAGUGUCCUAUGAGCCCAUCACCACUACCCUCCGCCAUAAACAGGAGGACUCGUCAGCCACUGUCAUCCAGAGAGCAUUCAGACGUCAUGUAAGGAAGCAUGCUGCUGUUAGGGCCAUGAUAACAUCCGGUCAUAACAUUCAAAAGGAUGAAACACUCAACAAAGAGGAUCUGGUCACAGACAGACCCAAAGAGGUUUCUGGUGCUGAUAAAAGUGAAAAUGAACCUUCAGCAGCACCCCAACCUCCAGCUAACAGUGUGACAACAAAUGGAAACAACAAAUAUGAAAAAGACAAAAGUGAAAGGGAGGUUGUGGGCAAAGAUGUAUAAAAGAAUCCUGGAGGUGCAACAAAGACAUUUUAAUUAAUGACGAAAUGUUUACAACCUUUGAAAGAGACUAAGACAUCCAUUGGACUCCUCUCUUUAGUAUAUGGAUAUCUACGCUAAAAACUGACCAUGCUUACUUGAGUCUAAAGGUUGGUGCCUAAAAUGGUGAAGUGGUUCAUUCAGGCUGCAGUGGGACCACUUUUGCUGUGUUCAUGAGUAAAGAUGCCUUUUGGCUGUUUGUGGGGAUGGGCAAGUGUUCUGAACAGACACAUUAGUUAAUGCUUUAACUUACAAUGCAGCUAGUCCUGCUAUCCAGUGUCUUGAUUUAUUGUUAUAUCACUGACUGUUGUAUUAAUUUACCUACUUAUUUUUCAAUGCUAUUAUUUUGAAAAUUCAUAGUUUGGUUGAUUGACUUUUUAUACACUUUUUUUUACUCUUCAAAAGGGUCGUUCCUUCAGGGUUACUCUACAAUGAGCGACAUUGCUUCAAGGCUAGUCUUGCUAACUAUUAGCGCUUAGAAUACUUGACAAAUCCAGGAGACCAUGUUGCUGUUGCUGCGGUCAACUAGAAAUGUAGACCUGCAUGAAUGUGUCUUCAUGAUUAUGCAUGCUAGGGUGUAGCGCUCUCCCUGUCCAUCAUGCUUCACGAUGCGAGGUAUACUGUCAGAACAUGGCUGUUUUUUUUUUUUUUUCUACAUUGCAGAAACACGGCCCUCUAGUUGAGUGCUUCGAUUUCGUUUGAUUAUCAGUGUGAGAGCAGGAACACUUGGCAGAAAUACUUUGCACAUUCAGUUUUAUUCAAUCAUCAAGAUCAUUCACUUGCUUCAACCCAGCCUGCUGUGUUCUACCUAUGUACAAAUGUAUGUGUACAUUUUGUAAUCAAAGUGUGCUAAAAAAAACCCUCUUCAACCAAAGGUUUGUCUUUCAAAAGCUGGAAAUAUAUAAAUCGUAUGUUGUUUGCACAUUGUACUAAACUUUGCUAUAGCUUACCUGUCUUAAAGGAGACCUGUUGUGCUUUUUGGUAUUUUUUGAAAGUUAAAAUGUUAACUCCGCAACAACAGUUGCUCUUCUCUUAUUUAUCACCUGUGAUAUGAAAACACUUCUCUUGAAAUGACUUGUCAGUUGUCCUGCCUUUAACUCCCUGACUUUGUGACAUCACACUAUGUCACCAUGUCACAUGUUUGAAUAAUUUAUGCCUUAGCAGCUAGUUUGGCAUGUAAUAAUUGAUUUGGCACAGCUGUUCUGUUGUUGUUAGUGGUGCUGGUGUGUGUGAGCUGACCAAUUAGAGCAGACUGGGUAUUCAGGAGAGGGGUGGCCUUAAAGAGACAGGAGCUAAAACAGAGUGUUUCAGACAGAGGGGAAUACAGUGCUGCAGUUCUGGACAAUAUGGGAGAACUGAUGUUUUUGGAGCAUUAACGCACGUAAAUCUAUUUUAAUAGUAAUCCCCCAAAAAUUAUGUACCAGAAAAUGAGCAUAAUAUGUUUCCUUUAACUGCAAAUCUCUUGGAGGUUAUCUGUAAUGUUGCCUAUUUUUUGGACAGCAGGUCUCCUCUGUGUGUCUACUUUUUUCCUAAUCUUUGUCAGUUUUCUUUCUUUGCUAAGUUUGAUGAUGGACCUCAGCGUGGGUUCUGUAAUGAUUAUGAAAUGAUUGAGUUUAUGGACAAUGGUUAUUUAUCACCUGUGAUAGGAAAACAGAUUCUCCAUGUUCUGCUGUAUUCAGGCAUACAGGGACAUGAUUCAAAAAGCAAGAGCUGUGGGGCUUGAAAUAUAAAUGCUCGUAAAAACUGUUAUAUGGAUGGUAAUUUUACUUCAUAAAACAAAACUCUGUGUUUGCUUACUGGUGAUGUUAUGUGAAACUAAGCUUUACUUUAUUCAACCUUUAAUUGUGUAUUAUUUGGAAAUUGUGAUUGGAACUAAAAGGGUAGUUGUAUGCAUUGCGUUUUUUUUGUUUGUUUUUUUUACAGUUUACCUCUCAAGCUUUAUCAUGAUAAAUAUCUAAGUUGGAUGAAUGAUGGUUCAGAAUAUUCUAAAUGACUGUCUCAAGGACAUGGCAUCACACAUCUCUCAUGUGCCCUUGGCUGUUUCCUACUUUGUUUACAUUUUAUAGUUGUGCUACAUUUGUCAGUUCCCCCGAUAGCUACGACAUCCACCCUAAACUGUGUCACUACAUCUGUUGUUCCAUGUUAUUAAAGUAUAAUUACAUUCAUGUAAGUAUAUUGUGCAUGUGAUUAAAACACUAUACAUUAUGCAUAAGGAAAGAAUGUUUUGAUUACACAAAAUUUCACAUCUCCCAUCACUCAUAUGCAUAAUGCUUGUAGUGUAUAAUUAAACUGCAUGCAAGACACUCUUAUAACCCAUUUCACUGAAAAGCCAAAAGAAUAAAGAUUACAUGUACCUCAA